CACUCCACAACUCUUUGCACUGUUUCUAUACAUUGUGUGAUUUCUUCUUCUUUUUCUUAUUAUUGUUUGGUGGUUUUGAAACUUUUGGUGGUUUUGAUUUGUUCUUCACAAAUUUUCACAAACUCAUUUUCUUCCAAAAUUUGAAUAUUACAAGGCAUCUCAUGGAAGAGGAAGACAUGAGCAUUCAGGACUUGGUUUCGGUGUUGCGUACGGCAUUUAUGACAGAAGACUUUGAUAGAGUUGAAGGUGUUUUAGUGAGUAGAUAUAAAAGACUCCAAACAGAGAUUCUAGACCUUAAAGAAAAACUUGAAUUGGAGAAACAAACCAGGUUUCAAGCUGAGGAAGAUUUGAGGAAAAGAGAGGAACUGUGUGAAAGACACAAGGAUAAUUAUGAAACAUUGAUGAAGGGAGUCAAGGAAAAAACUAGUUGUUUAACUGAAAGAGACAACAUUGGAGUUGGAGAGCUAAGAAAGAAGAACAAUGCAUUGGAAAUGGAAGUUUUUGAGCUGAGAAAAAGGAGUAAGGAUGCUCAAGGUGCAUCAUCAUCAUCAUCAGGUAUGAAAAAAAGAAGUGAGGCUCUUCCUGUUCCUAUGAUUACUGAUUUUGAAGACAGAGAUGAAGAGAAUAUUGCUGAGUAUGAGAUUGGCAAUGGCAACGAAGGUAACGAACCUCCCAGCAAAAAGAGCAAGAAAGCCGAAGGUGCAUCAUCAGCGAUGACACAAACUAGAGGAGCUACAGUUGAUGCUGCCCAUUCUAGACAUGGAAAUCCUAUUACCUCUUGUUGUAGAGAGUCUGUAGCUAGACAUGCGCCGGUAGUAGAGGAGGUCAUUGUGAUGGGCAGUGCUGUUGUCCCUCCAUCAGACGCGCAGCAACAAAUGGCAAUACACUUCAUAUCAUCGGUCCAUCAAGAGCGCUAUUCUAAUUUUCUGGCCAACAAAAAGUUUGUGGAAGAAACAAACUUCCGGUUUGAAGGGGGAAAAUCAUCACAUAUUCAAUGGUUUAUAAAGGCCAGAGGAUGGGUGGAAUUGACAUCGUUUGCAAAAGAUGCUAGUAUGACAUUAGCUAAAGAGUUCUAUGCAAAUGCAUAUCAGGAUCCUGCUAAAAAAGAUGAGAAUAAUAAGAAUAAUCUGAAGAAAUUCACUAGUUUUGUCAGAGGGAAGGAGGUUCCAUUUCAUGAUGAAAUUAUCAACAAAUUGUUUGGGCUUGAGAACUAUGAGCAGUGUUCCUUUGAAACAAGAACGGCCAAAGGCUCUAAAAUUGAUCAUCAGGAGAUUCGUAGUACUUUGUGCAGGGAUGAGGCCGAUUGGGUCAGGAACAAAGAUGAAACACCAUCAAAACUUCUCACUUCUAACCUCACACGCAAUGCUAAAGCAUGGGCAAUAUUUGUUUUGCGUACCUUGCUCCCGUGUUCACAUAGGUCAGACUUGACCAUUCGGAAAGCAUCCUUGGUGACUGCAAUCCUUAAGGGUGAACAAGUCAAUGUUGGCCGUCUCCUAGCAGAUGACCUUUGGAGCACAGCUAACAGUUCUAAUACCUCAAGCUACAUCGGCCAUGCAUCAUUGAUCAGCAAGCUCUGUGAAAGGGUGGAGGUGUACCCUGAAAAUAAUGAGGAAAUGGUGAAGCCAUCUGGGGCAAUCACCCCAACAUUUUGAACACGCGCAUGAACCUAAAUAAUACUGAACAUGGAAUUGUAAAGGUAUGAAGUACCUUAUUGAAGAAAAUGAAAAUGUAUUUUGAAUUGAAGUUAAUCCUACUGUCAUAUAGUAAAUUUGAAUGAAAUAAUGUUGUUCAUAACAUUGAAUUGAUAACUAUCUCUAAAGCCAAUUGUACAAUUUCUUAUGCUAAACAAAGUAUUCCUCUAACCA